CAUAUAUUACAAUGAUCAGUGACAGCACGGAAGUUAAUAUAGAAGAAAAACGAAUAUUAUUAUUGUAUUGUGUUGCGAGCGGUGUUCCAACGCCAACAGUUCAGUGGGUGAAUAGAACUGAACCUAACGAGUUCAAACAUAUUGGCGAGUCAUCUAAUACACAAGUAAUCUACCAACUAACAGACAUAACUUCAACAACAAGGUUCUCUUGUUUGGCCGUAAACGACGUAGAUGAAGUACGUAGUGAAGAUGUGAUUAUCUCAUUAGAAGGUCCAAUAUGUACAGACUUCUACAAUUCAUCUCAAGUAUUUGUGGAUUCGAAUCCUGUUUGUUAUAAUGAAACAGUAGAGAACAUUUCUAGAACCAAUGGAACGUCUGAUGGAUUAUCUUACAUUGGUUAUUUUUAUAAUAAAACUGUCCUGCUCGGUGCGUUAUUAUCCUCAUACUCGUACUCAUCUUCAUCUGAAGAACAACUUGGUCCUACCGUAUUACCUAUUGAAAUAGUGAUCUCGAACGUAAUGUCUGGUGCCGUUAUCUAUAGUCAGGUGUUUGUUGACAAAAUUAUAAACAAUACAAUUGACUCUCGAUUGCACCUUUUGUUGGAUCAACCAAUCAAAAUUAUCUCUACGUCUCAAUACAAAAUCACCCUGACUAUUACACAACCAACAUAUCACUUGAAUAGUGGUCUGUUAAAAGUUAAUAGUGUUACUUGUACCAAUGGGAAACAGGAAUGCCGACAAUUCAUCAUGGAUUGGAAUAAACUGAUCUCUAAUCCGACUUAUGCCGAAUGUGAUGACAUUGAUGCCCAAUACAGAGCAGCUGAACUUUGCCUUGGGGAGUUUAUUGGUGAUCCUGAAGUAAUCCGUCACCCGAAAUCGCAAAUGAAUAAUGUUGGUCUAACUUCAAUUUUAGAAUGUAAUAUAAGAAACGUUGAAUCUUAUAAAUGGUAUAAGAAUAAUAAGCGCUUUCCUAACAGUGGGCCAACUUAUAGUUUACAACUGGAAGAAGAGCAGGAUCAGGGCGAUUACAUGUGUCUAGGUUUCAGAUCUCAGGAUUCAAAGUACAUAACGUCGAACAUUGCAACAGUCUUAAUUACAGGUGUAUCUACAUUUAGAGUACAUGUUAAAUUCAAUAUUUCUUACAAAGAAGGCUAUAACAACAGCAAAAGUGAGGUAUUCAAGAACUUUACGAGAAACUUAGAAACAGCAUUGAAUGGUGAAAUACUCACGACAUUUAAGAUGCUCGUCACAAGUAUCACGCCUGGAAGUGUCAUUACGGAAAUGGAGCUGUAUUUCACAGACCAACCUCAAAAUGCCUCAGCUAUCAGUGUGAUGAUAAACGACUCCUUAUUAUCAUUACCAGAAUACGAAACGGACCCUAGCUAUAUCGAUGUCAUGAGUAUAUCGACCUGUAUUGGAGAAGAUGUAAGGCAAGGCGGUAUUUUGUAUAGCUUCCCAGAUGCUUCGAUUGGAACAACUGCAGAAUCGAUGCAAACCUGCCCUCUCGACUCCGACAAAGGUAUUUCUGUCAGUUCAGCAACACGUUACUGUGGAGGAAAUUUUGUAUCGGGUGCUAAAUGGAGUGGUUUAGAACUUAUGGACUGUGGCAUAGGAAACCCAUCAACACGAAUUCAAAAUAUAAAAGAAGUUGAGGUUACUCAAAACAAUGCUGCAGAUAUUGCCGACGCACUAGCAAUUGUUACAAACAGUACUGCUAGCUUAGAUGAAGCUUCCAUUAUGAUUGUGUCAAGUAUUUUAGAAGACAUUGUUGAACUUGAAAUCCCAGAAGAAUCGGUAACUUUGGACGUAGUUGAAAUUGUCGACAACGUAAUAGAAUCCAUUCUACUCGAAACAUAUCAAUUAAUGAGAGAAACAGCGUCCUCGUUUGUGACAUCAUUAGAGAGACAACUUGCAACAGUAGCAGCCGCAGGCAUGAAUUUUACUAGCGUAAAUCACUAUGUCGGCGUAAUGACGCUAGCAAUUAGCUCAGAUGCUUUAAAAAAAGGUCUUGCGUAUGUGGAAUUAAUAGAUAGCGAUUCUUUUGAUGACACACUUCAGCCAAAUAAUGUAAAAACUUUUUUUGAGAUAAUUUUCCCCAUUGAUAUGGUAGGAGCUUCCAUCGCUCUUUCUCCUAAUAUUAGCUCUAUAAGCAAGGCUCAAACAGGAGAUGAUGAGAUUCGGGUGUAUUUUACUGUGUACCAGAAUGAUUCGCUGUUUAUUUCAAACAAAUUGGCAAAUGAGUCUGAGGAAAGCUUUACACGGCUGGUUGGCAGCCAUAUUAUUUCAGCUUCGAUAGAGGCAGUGAAGAUUGACGAAUUGGUACAUCCCAUAAAAAUGGCUUUCUUUCCCCGUUUUGAAACUAUUCACAACACAGAAUGUGUUUUCUGGAAUUCUCUUGAUAAUGGCGUGGGUGAUUGGUCAAAUGAAGGUUGUACGCAUAACGGGACAGUAGAUGGCCGUGAAAUAUGCUUAUGUGACCACCUUACCAACUUCGCUAUUCUUGUUGAUUAUUAUGAACCCAAGAAAUCUAAGUUCCAAGACUUCUUGACUAUUAGUAGUUUGAUUGGAUGUAUCGUGUCUGUUGUUUGUUUAGCAUUCACCAUUGUUACAUACCUUUAUUUUAAGCAACUUAGAAGCAAGAGGCCCAAAAAGAUACUUAUAAACCUAUCAAUAUCGUUGUUUUUUCUGAACCUUGUGUUUGCGAUUGGGAUUGAAAAGACAAGUUCAAAAAAUUGGUGUAUAACCAUUGCCGCAUUGCUCCAUUAUUUUGCACUGGCUUCAGUUUUCUGGAUGUCGAUAGAAGCUCUAAACAUGUACCUCAUGUUUGUGAAGGUCUUUUACGAUGAUAUUCGUUAUUUUAUGCUGAAAGUAUGCGUAGUGGGAUAUGGUGCACCUUUAAUCAUCGUUGCAAUUUGCUUGGGAAUUGAUAUUAACCACUACGCAAAUGAAAACUACUGUUUUGUUCCUUCGGGUAAUGUUCGAAAUUUCAGCAUUAUCUUGGUGAUUGGUGUCCUUCUGUUGUUUAAUUGCGUUGUAUUCGCGUUAGUCAUGCGUACUCUUAUUUGCGGGCGAAAAGUUGCCAAAGCAAAGAGGGGAAUACUCAUCAAAAGUUUUCAGAAUGCUAUCGCGGUUUCUGUCCUAAUUGGCCUCCCGUGGGUUUUUGGGUUCAUGGCAAUUGAUUCCGACUCGUCUGCGAGGGAUUUGUUUCAGGCUUUAUUCAGCCUUUUUAACUCACUCCAAGGCCUCUUUAUUUUCCUUCUGUUCUGCGUAGGACAGAAAGAUAUUCGCGAUGCAUGGAAGGGCUGCUGCAAGAGAGGUAAUAGAGGAAGUAGUGCGAAGGUCAAGGAGCAGGGAAUUCAACAUAUGGGUCGCUUGGACAAAGAAAUGAUUCAAAGAGCCGAGAUGUCGUACGAAACAACCGGUUUCCGUUGAUUGUGCAUCGUUUUAACGUUCUACAAGUGCAUCUCGUUUUUGACCUUUAGUUCAUUAUCUUAUGACAACAACCGUUUAGUAGGUCUACCUACCAUUAUUAGAAACACUCAUCAUUUGCAGAGUAUGUUUCUGAUAUAAUAUUAUUUACCCAGACGUGUUUUAAUAUCUUAGUUUAUAUAAUUUUAGGUUUAUGGUAUGAUAUCAGCUUUACUAUAUUUUAAGUUCAAGUUUAGGUAAUACCUACACAAAAUAUCAAAUUAAAUUGAUACAACUGCAAACAUUCACGGAAGUUAACAUGACGUUGCUUAUUUCGCAUCGUUUACGCUUUCCAAAUAGAUCGCUUUAUCAAAGAAAUAAUUCAGAGAGCCGAGAUUUUUGUAGAAAAGCAGCGGUUUUUUUUUAUUGAUUUCCCAUCAUUCGCAUUUUAGAAAUGCAUCUCGUUUUUAGCUAUUAAUCAUUAUCUUAUGACAACAAUUGUUUAGUUAGUCUACCUACCAUUAUUAGAAACACUCACUAUCUGCAGAUAAUACACAGAAUAUACAAUUAAAUAAAUGCAACUGCAAGAAAUAUCACGUAAGAGAGUAGUGCUUACAAGUAGCAUAUCCAGACACUACCUGCAGCGUAUUUUUCUUACAUAAUAUUAUAGAGUAUAAAGUAUACCAUAAUAAAAUAUAAUAUUAUCAACUUUAUUAUUAUAUUUUGUUUGAGUAUAUUAGUUACACAGAAUAUCAAAUAGAUGCAACAAGAAAGCUUAAGGAAAUUAUCAUGUGUUUAGUAGGUCUACCUAUCAUACUCAGACUUUUUUUUUUUUUUUUUUUUAAUUAUUCAUAAGGUUAUUUUAUGGUAUAAUAUCUUUAUAUAAGAAAUUCUAGUUUAGGUAACACUGGAUAUUAAAUUUAAUUGAUUCAACUGCAAGAAAGCUCACUGAAUUUAACAUGAUAAAAUAAUAUGUUACCUAUUACUGUAGAUGCUUGUUUAUAUCGGAUAUUAUAAUUGGUACAUAUAACUACUUUUCUUUAUCAUUUAUAUUGUUUAAUAUAUACCGGUACCGUAAGUCACUAAAUAAAAUAUGUUGUAACUACUUUUAAAGAAUUACUAGUUCAGUUUCAAUAAUUGUGAAAAUCCAUAUCGCUUUGAUUUUACCUUUUACGGUUCAGUUGAUUUAAAGGUGUGGGCUAGCUAAUUGUUUACAACUACUGCUAUGUAAAUUAUUGUUACGCUUUGAGCAUUGGAAUUGGUCAUUCUCCAGCCACAUUAGGAGGUGAUUUUUGAAUAGUUAUCUUUAUCGGGAAAAAAAAAUGUGUUGUCUACCUGGACUAAUUUUUAGGUACGACUAGAUCUACCGAGCGCAUUCACGGGACCUUCACUGUUGUUCUUAAAUGCCCAGCAUGAUUCCGACUCUAAUGUCUUAUUCUCUAGGUCUACACAGACUUGCUCAAAAAUUAAGUUACUUGCUUACUCACCACUCUACUGAUAUCAUUCCUGGAUUUUCUUACUCUUUUGCUUCUGGGUGUUUGGCGAUGAUGAUGUGCCCAUUAAACUUAUUUCUAAUCUUCGAGUAGCUUUCGAUAGUUUCUGAUUCCAAUAAAUUUGUUUUAUAAUGCAUGUACGUUUAAAAUGCUAAAUAUAUAAAUAAAAUAUACUGCAUAGACAAUAUUAA